AUGGCUGCGACUACUGACGAAACUCCCCAGUCCAACCCGGAGCCGACCCAGCAAGAGCAGUUGGCGGAUCUUAUCGCAAAGGCGACCGCCGAAUAUGCGGUCAAACACUACCCAGAGGCGGCAGAGCUGUAUUCCCAGGCGACGGAGCUGCAAGCAGAGCUCAAUGGAGAGAUGGCGCUCGAGAACGCCGACCUCUUAUACUCGUACGGAAAAUGCUUGUUCUAUCUGGCGCAGCAAACAAGCUCGGUCUUGGGCGGCACCGCGGCAUCAGCGCAAUUAUCCUCGAGCAAAUCGCGAAAAUCUGGAAAGAAGAGAAAAGCAAACGGCGCAGGAAAAGCAGCGGUGUCUACAAACGGAGGGGAGGCUGGCGAAAGCUCCAAGUUGAUGGAUGCGAUCUCAGAGGAGCCAGUGUCCAAUGUCGCUGAUAUCGUCCCCAAGGAGGACGUGCAGCCUCAGGAGACCGCUUCAGACAAGCCAUACUUUCAGAUUUCGGGUGAUGCCGAAGGUUGGGAUGACUCGGAUGAGGAGGAAGCAGACCAGGAAGAGGAGGGUGAAGAAGAAGAAGAAGAGGACGAUGACUUCGCCACGGCCUACGAGCUUUUGGAUCUGGCGCGCAUUCUGUACCUCAAGAAGUUGGAUCAAAGUCAGGAACACGCACUCGAAGACUCCGAGAAAGGCAAAUAUGUUGCAUCAAUAGACCUUACACCAGAGGUCAAGUCACUGAAGACCCGCGUGGCAGACAUUUAUGAUCUGCAAUCAGAAGUGUCUCUGGAAGGUGAGAAAUACUCGAAUGCCGUCACAGAUCUCAAGGCGUGUCUUGCCCUGAGGGAGGAGCUUGAACCUCCAGAGUCGAGUAUUCUAGCCGAAUGUCACUACAAGCUCAGUCUGGCUCUCGAGUUCAAUUCUCAGACACAACAGCAUGAUGAGCAGGGAAAUCCAACCGGUGACUUGCAAGUUGAUUGGGAUAUCAGGAACGAGGCUAUCGCCCAGCAAGAGAAGGCGAUUGAAAGUUGUAAAUUGCGUGUCCACAAAGAAACAGCUGCGUUGGACAAGCUCGAAGCAGGUCCGCAAAAAGAUAAGGCUAUGGCUCAGAUUGAGGAUGUUCAAGAUAUGAUUACAGAAAUGGAAGUGCGGCUGGCAGAGCUCCGCAAGCCACCCGUCAGCGUCAAAGCGGAGUCGGAAAUUCAGAUGAAAGAACAAAUCUCCGGUGUGCUGGGCAGUCUGUUGGGAAGCGGCGUAUCCGAAGAGGAGAAGAAACAGAAACUGGCCCAAGUGGCGGAGACCGCGACUGAUGUAUCAGGGUUGGUCAAGCGAAAGAAGCCAAAGAACACACAAGCCAAUGGAGGAGAUAGUGGCUUAGGAUCCUCUGCUUCGACUCCAGCUGCGGAAGGAUCUUCAAACCUGGGCAAACGAAAGGUGGGAUUCGUGGACGAUGUGGAGGGCGGUGAGGGGGGGAAAAAAGCGAAGGUAGAGGAUGCCGAAGACUCUGGACACUGA